AUGACCCAAAGGAGACUCGUCAAUGCAAAAGCCCGAAGAGAGAAGAAGAUGGAGAGCUCAGCCAUCAUAUUAAGAUGCCGCAAUCAUUUAUGGUUGGUUGCAUUUACCUUGUUCGUUGUUUGGUACUUGCUGCUUUAUGUUCUUGAUUGGUCUUCUCUCAGCCCCAUAACCCAAAACCAUGUAUCCAUCCAAUCUGGAAAAUUCAACCCUGUCGAUAUCACCAAAACCACAAAUGAAAUCAAUGGCAUGUCUCCCAGUUUCAAUCGUGUAAAAGAUAGAUGGAACAAGCAUGGAACAGCGGAGGAAACAACGAAUGGCGAAAAACCCAUCAAACCAUUGGGAGAAAUCGUUUCGAAAAAUCAAGAAACGGGUAAGUCUUCCGACAAGCCUCGAUUAUCGUGUUCGGGUCGGUACAUUUACGUCCAUGAAAUUCCGAAGAAAUUCAACGAUGACUUGAUUGAUCAAUGCCAAUCGCUCGACAAUUGGACUAACAUGUGCCAAUACAUCAUGAACAAGGGUCUUGGCCAGCAACUUCCUAGGGACAAAAUUUUUGGAAACACGGGUUUUUACGCGACCCACCAGUUCUCGUUGGAAGUCAUUUUCCACAACAGAAUGAAGCAGUAUGAUUGCUUAACAAAUGAUUCGUCAGCGGCUUCUGCAAUCUUUGUACCUUACUAUGCAGGCCUCGAUGUGGCGCGAUACUUAUGGGGGUCCAACGUAUCGGAAAGAGAUUCGGGCUCCCUUGAAAUUUACAAGUGGCUUAAGGAACAACCCGAGUGGGAAUUCAUGUGGGGGAGAGAUCAUUUUCUUGUAGCAGGGAGAAUCACAUGGGAUUUCAGGAGAGGAGUCGAUGAGGACUCCGCUUGGGGAAACAAACUAAUGUUGUUGCCAGAGGCCAAAAACAUGACUAUCUUGACAAUCGAAUCAAGCCCUUGGAACAGUAACGAUUUCGCGAUACCUUAUCCUACUUACUUCCACCCUUCCAAUGAUAGAGAGGUUUUCCAGUGGCAGAACAGGAUGAGGAAAUUAAAAAGACGGUACUUGUUUUCGUUCGCGGGUGCACCCCGGCCCAACAUUGGGGAUUCAAUCCGGAGCGAAAUAAUGAGUCAGUGCCAGAAGUCAAGAAGGAAGUGUAAACUUUUGGAAUGCAGAAAUGCAGGAAACAAGUGCCUAAAGCCGGGUUAUUUGAUGAAACUGUUCCAGAGUUCUGUUUUCUGUUUACAGCCUCCUGGGGACUCAUUUACUCGUCGGUCCACUUUCGACUCGAUUGUGGCCGGGUGCAUUCCGGUUUUCUUCCAUCCAGCUUCCGCUUACGUGCAGUACUUGUGGCAUUUGCCGAAGAAUUAUGAAAAGUACUCUGUUUUGAUUCCAGAGGAGGGCGUGAAGGGAAAUAAGCUGAGUAUCGAGGCGCAAUUGGAGAAGAUACCAAAAGCGAAGGUGGCUGCGAUGAGAGAGGAGGUGGUAAAGUUGAUUCCGAAGGUGAGUUACGCCGAUCCGAGGUUGAGGUUGGAGACACUUGAAGAUGCGUUUGAUUUGACAGUGAAGGGUGUUUUGGAGAGAGUGGAGAAACUGAGGGUACAGGGGAGGAAUUCUAAUUUUGUGGGUGAUGAAGAGUAUAGUUGGAAGCAAAGUUUUUUUGGGACGUUAGGGAAUGAUGAAUGGGAUCAUUACUUUAAGAGAAGAAGUAAGGAGAAAUAUUGGGGGAAGUGAGAUAGGGAAGAGAAAGCAAGAAGCACAGAAAUAUAAUGGUAAUUUGCUUUAUUUUUUGGAUACUACUAGUUUUUUUUUUUCUUUCCCUUUUUUGAAAUGGGAAACUUGUGUAGUUGCUUUAUAGAGAUUCUUGGAGUUCAAAACCUCUGCGGGCCCAUAUGCUAUUUUAU